AUGAGUAAUCAUAGUGAUGAAGAUGAAGAUCUUUCUCAAGAUGAACAAGAUCAAGAUUUAGAUCAACAAGUUGAAGAAGAUUUAGAUGUUCAACAACAAAAUGCUUUUGUUACAGAUGAUGCAGAUGUUGAAGUAUCAAAUCAACAACAAUUAGGAGAAUAUGAAGAUAUCGAACCAAUUGAAGCUCAACCACCCAAUGAAAUUGAUGUUGAUGAACAAGAAAGACAUCAAUCUGGUACACCUGCUUUUCGUACACUUGAAGAAUUAUUUAAAGAAGGAGUUCUUACUGGUACACAAAUGGCAUUACUUAAAUCGAAAUAUAUUGAUUUACAAAAUGCUUUAACACAAUCACGUCAAGCUGAAGCUCGAUUACGACAAGAAGAACAUACAUAUUUAGCUCAAAUUGAAAAACAAAAACGUAUAUUAGAAGAAGGUGAAUCAUUUCCAGAUAAAAUUACAACUGAAGUUCAACAACGACGAAAAGAUUUACUUAAAUAUAGUAAUGAUUUAGCAUGCACUAAUGAACGUUUAUUUGAUCUUGAAUAUAAAAUAAAAGCUUUGGAAGAAGAUAAACGUGCUUUAGAAAAGGAAAAAGCUCGAAUACCAAAUCAACAUGAUAUUGAUGAAAAACUUAAAAAUUUACGUAAAGAAUGUGAUGAAUUAAAACGACAAAUUGGACAAAAAAAAUCUGAAAUUAAUGAUCAAAAUAUUUUAUUAGGAGAUAAAAGAAAAAGAUUUACUAUUACAACAAAACAAUAUGAUGAACUUAAACAUACAAUUGAAACACUUGAAUCGGAAUAUAUUCAAGUAACAUUACGACCAGCUGAAUUAAUUAAACAAACUGAUAGUCUUUCACUUCAACGAGAUCAAACUGAACAAGAAAUUGAAGAUAUGGAUGUACAAUUAAAAGAACAAAUGAAUUCUAUUCAACAACUUCGAGAUGAUAUUGAAAAAAUGAAAUCUUUAUCAACAAAAGAAAUAAGAUUAAAUGAUCAACAAAAUCAACAAAAUGAUAAAUUAAAUGAAGAAAUAAAAAAUGUUUUAAAUUUAAUUGCAUUUGAAGAAGCUAAAUUAGCCAAAGGACAAAUAGACGAACGUCAAUCUACGGAAGCUGUAAAAAGUACGAUACAAAUGGGUAAACAAAUUCGUGAACAACAUGCAAAAAUACAAAAACAAAAAGAAAGAUUAUUAAGAGAUUUAAAACGUGCUGAAACUCAAUUUCGUCAUGCAAAAGAUGAAUUAUCAAGUGCGAAUAUGACAAUAGAAAAAUUACAACUUAAAGUAAAUUUUUAUUUAAUUGAGAACAAUAUUAGAUUUUGAGUGGAUAUAAUUAAAACAAAAUUUACCGUUUGACGUUUAUCGGACAUAGUAUUCUCUUGUAAAAUGAAGUUUAGAAAAGAAGAAAUACAAUUGUUCUUAAUGUAUACUCUCAAAACAUAUUGACUUAUUUUAAUUAUUGAGUAUUAGAUUUACUGCUGAUUUGUAUUUCGUGCUUCGGACAUAUGAUGAGUCUAUUAUAAUGAUAGCACCUUCAUACUAACGAAGGAAUGCUUUCAACCGAUUAAUCGAUUUUUAACUAGGAUUGAGUGCAUAAGGUAGAUACCAAUGAGAUAUGAAAAACCUCAAAACAAUAAGUUCCCUUAGACCUACUGUCCAGAGUUAUAGACAUUUUAUUAGAAUUUUAGCCUCUGACUUAGUAUAUACCAACAAAUCUAAUGGCGAAAUUUCGAUCUGAGGUUUUGCCCACAAACAAGUCUAUUUGUUAGUGGAAUGUUCUGAAAAUGUCAGUUCAAAAGAAUAUUUCCUUCCCGAGAUAUUAAUAUCAUAAAAAAUACUCAUAUUCCACGAAAGAUGCUAGAAUUUCCUGUUUUUUUUUGAGAUAUUAAUAUCUCUAGAAAGAAAUAUUCUUUUCAGCUGAAAUUUUCAGGAUAUUCUACUAACAAAUAGACUUGUUUAUAGGCAAAAUCUUAGAUCGAUUAAAAUUCUAAUAAAAUAUCUAUAAAUCUGAAGAGAACAUCUAAGUGAACUUAUUCUUUUGAGGUUUUUCAUAUCUCAUUGUUGUCUGUCUUAUGCACUGAGUCCGAAUUCAAAAGCGAUUGAUCAGUUGAAAACGUUCCCUUGUAAGAGGAGAUGACCGUUCUAUAGAGCCAGCCAUUGCAAUAUAUUUAUAAUAUGAUCAUAUUCUUCACUGUUACAUUCGAUAAAGUGAGGAACUUUCUAAAAUGAACUCUUUAAGGUAAUGGUGAACUGGAUUCAGUUUUUUUUGUAUGUAAGGAAUAUACAAAUGUUUUUAUUCUAACUGAAUAUCAGAAAAAAUCCAUAAGUAAAACAGGGUACAGAAUAUCAUAAAAGUUACCUAUCAAAAAAAAAAAGAAUUUGAAUAUUUAUAUCGUGUUUUAACCAAAUUAGUUUAUUCUUUUUUUUUCUUGUGAUAGAGGAGAGAUCUUAGUUUUUAUUUGUAUGGAAGAAAUUGAAAAGUCAUGUUCACAGUAAUCAUUCUUGCCAGCAAUACAAAAAAUAUUGACCAUUAGUACGGAAUCACUAGACUAGAACAGUUUCCAAAGGGUUCGUGCCCUUGUUGCGUAUCAACCGAGCCAUUAAAUUUCUACUGAAUACACUUCCAUAAGAUUCAAGCUCAUAGAAUCUUGAUUCCGCUGCGCUCUUCAAUAAGACUUCACAUUAUUAAUAAAAUUUUAUUAUCAAAUUCUAACUUGAAACUUAACGUACGCAAAGCUUACACUUCGACUAGUAUGUGUAAAAUAUUUCAAAUUCUUUGGAUUGUCAAUUUCUUCUCUAUCAUUGAUUUUUUUUUUAUAUGAAUAAAUUGUCUAUGAAGAAAAUAGUAUCUGACAAAGCUUAUUUGUU